AUGCAUCUGGCACUGGAGAACAUGAACAUGGUAGACGACGGCUGCCUAUCAGACAACUACCAUGACCAAGGGAAAGGAGGGGGUUCAACAAUGGGCAGCCGUGUCCACAGCAUUGAUGUCAUCCUGGGUUUCAGCAAGGACCAGGACCCCUUACUGAAUCCAGCUGGGCCUGUUGGUUCUCAUAAAAUGGAUGGAGAGGAUCUGAGGGAGCAGAGCAAGCAAGAGACAUCUAACACCUACGCCCACCUGCCUAGUCUCUCUACCAGCUCUCAACAAUCAGGAUAUCAUGAUACUGGACUGUUCUCCAGCGAUAAGUGUGAUGGGGAUUUAGGAGAACUGCAGAGAGGCAGUGUGGAGAGCGACAGUCGAUCUCCAGAUCCUCCAGAGGAAGACCAGCCAAAAAAGAAACAUCGGCGUAACCGCACAACCUUCACCACCUAUCAGCUCCAUGAGCUGGAGCGCGCCUUUGAGAAAUCUCACUACCCUGAUGUGUAUAGCCGAGAGGAGCUUGCUAUGAAGGUCAACCUUCCUGAGGUCAGAGUACAGGUAUGGUUCCAGAACCGACGUGCAAAAUGGCGUCGGCAGGAAAAGAUGGACACAAGCAGUAUGAAACUGCACGACUCACCGAUGCUGUCCUUUAAUAGACCACCCAUGCCAUCUAACGUGGGCCCAAUGACCAACUCCCUCCCUCUGGACCCCUGGCUGUCAUCACCCCUCACUAGUGCCACGCCCAUGCACAGUAUUCCAGGGUUGAUGGGCCCGGGUCAAAGCCUACAGCCUGCCUAUCCAAGUCAUCCCGGUUUCCUCAACUCUUCCCCAGGAAUGGUGCAGGGAAUGCAGCCGAUGCCACCUCCUCCAUACCAGUGUCCACCCUCUUUCAAUGAUAAGUACCCAUUGGAGGAUGUUGACCAACGCAGCUCCAGUAUCGCAGCACUAAGAAUGAAGGCUAAGGAGCACAUUCAGUCCAUGGACAAAACCUGGCAACCCAUGUCAUGA